CGUCAAUGUCAAUAUAAAUUGUUGGUUAUUUAUAAUUCGGUGGCUUAUUCCCAACGUUUAGAUUUCCAAAUAAAUAAGUAACAUCCAAAUUUUUUAAGUGCAGUUAUGAAGCGUAUAUGCUCGGGAAAGUCAAGUAAUUUAAGGCCGUCGAACACACUUAAGUUCGUGGAACCCGCUAAGUCCACAUCUGCUCUGCGUUCUCUUUUCCAUUUGGAGAAACGACAGAAUGUGGCCAAGACUGCUUCAGCUUCUUCUCAUCUAUCAGCUCCUAAAGUUUCCGAGAAGACACCGGAAAAAGCGCUAUCCGAAAAGAUCAAGUCCAAUCCAUGUCGAAGUCUUAAACUGGCGGUCGUUGAGCCACAUAUUUCGGGGAAGGUCGUUAAAAAGAUAAGGUCCAGAACAAAUGAGGGUUCUACUCCAACAACAGGUUCCUCUGGAAAAUCGGGAAUCGCCAGGAGCACAGCUACCAUUAAAUCACAGACGUUCUAUAUUCCUCUACGGAGCUCGAAUGGAGUGACCAGUCGAAUUUACCGACCCGCCGGCUCCGGAGUAUUCCAUUACCACCUAUCAGACUUGGAGGAAGCCGGAUUUGGACGAAGUCUGGUCUUUCCCAUGAAAUCGGUGCCGGCGGCCGAGCUUCAACUACUACGGAAUGGCCAGCGGAUCAACUACCUGGAGAGGCGAUACGAACGGAGUCCGGACGACAAGUACAACUAUCCCGAGGCGACUAGCUGGCGAUAUGGCUGGUUUCAUCGGGAGUCUGAUCUUUUCCAGAAACGAGUACCCAGACGAGAUUAAAUAAACAUUUCGUGCACUCGA